GGGCUGCCGGCCGAAGGGGUCGCUCGGCCGGGGGCUGGUGGCACCCGCUUGCGGUAGGUUCGGGCGCUGGGAACGGCCGCGGGUAAACGCUACCCCGGCCCUGCCUCCUGGAUAGACUUCUUCUUCCCUUUUGAAUCUUCUUCUCCUGGAAGGCCCAGCGUCGUCGUCUUCCUCGAGGGAGUAGAGAGCAGUAUGUGUGAAAGGAAAAGAGGGAAAUGACAUGUAACACGUUAAAUCAACAAAUCGUAGACAGCAAGUACCUGACCUAUUAAUUGGUCUGGAAGCUCCCAUGAGUCAGUUCAGUCCAGGAGAGUGGUCAUUUCUCACAACAUGGAUAAAGCGCUGAAAGAAGUGUUUGACUACAGCUAUAGAGAUUACAUCCUGUCCUGGUAUGGGCAACUCAGCAGAGAUGAAGGGCAGCUGUACCAGCUGCUAUCUGAAGACUUCUGGGAGAUUGCCAAGCAGCUGCGACAGAGGCUGAGUCACAUUGAUGUAGUUAAAGUUGUCUGCAAUGAUGUGGUGAAAGCUUUACUCACACACUUCUGUGAUCUUAAAGGAGCCAGUGUCAGGCAAGAAGAUCCACCGAAGCCAUUUUUGCUGCACCCAUGCUUGAGGACCGCUGAUGAAGAAGUAAGAUUCCUGCAAAAAUGUUCUCAAAUUCUGGUGUUUUGUCUCCUACCCUCAAAGGAUGUCCAGUCUGUCAGCUUGCGCAUAGUCCUUGCAGAAAUACUUGCAACAAAAGUACUGAAACCAAUGGUGGAACUGCUGAGUGAUCCAGAUUAUAUCAACCGAAUGCUGCUCAGCCAGCUGGAGUACAGAGAACAGAUGAAUGAGCAUCACAAGAAAGACUAUACAUAUGCUCCUUCUUAUGAGGAGUUCAUCAAGCUCAUCAACAGCAACUCUGAUAUUGAAUUCCUGAAACAACUGAGGUAUCAGAUUGUAGUGGAAAUAGUUCAGGCAACCACAAUCAGCAAUUUUCCCCAAAUGAAGAGGCAGAAAGAUUCAAAAGGAAAGGAAACUGCUGCAAUGAAGGCUGACCUACUGAGGGCUCGCAAUGUGAAGAGGUACAUUAAUCAGCUGACAGUGGCAAAGAAGCAAUGUGAGAAGCGAAUAAGACUCCUUGGAGGGCCUGCUUAUGAUCAGCAGGAAGACGGGACUUCAGAUGAAGGUGAUGGUCCUCCAAGUCAGAAGAUUCUUCAGUUUGAGGAAAUUUUGGCCAACCCUUCAUACAGAGAACACUUUCGAAUCUACCUGGAUAGGAUGGACAAGAGGGCUUUGAUCAGUCUUUGGGAGUCUGUGGAGUAUCUAAAGAAUGCUAACAAGGCUGAAAUACCUCAACUGGUGAGUGAGAUUUAUCAGAAUUUUUUUGUGGAAAGCAGAGAAAUACCCGUGGAAAAGCCGCUUUAUAAAGAAAUACAGCAAAGUCUCGUGGGGAAUAAAGGCAUUGAAGUAUUCUACAGAAUUCAGGCAGAUGUUUGUGAAACUCUAAAGGACAGAUACUACCCCUCAUUCAUUGUCAGUGAUUUAUAUGAGAGACUGAUCAAGCAGGAAGAAGAAAGAAGUUCUGUUCAACUAGCACCUGAGGACAAAGAUGAAGUGAGCCAAGGUUGUGAAGAAGCUACUGAAGAAUGCAGCACAAGAAUUAAUGAGCAGGCGAGUUACGCUGUAAAUAAACUUCGCCAGCUAAAUGACAAGCUCGAGUAUAAGAAACAGGCGCUAAAUUCCAUAUGUAAUUCACCAAAACCCGACAAAAAGAUUGUUUCCAAGUUGAAGGAUGAAAUUACUUUGAUGGAGAGGGAGCACAGUGACCUGCAGUUGCACAUUGCAAGAACGGACUGGUGGUGUGAGAAUCUGGGCAUGUGGAAAGCCUUCAUCAUCUCAGGCGAGGUUUUGGAAGAGAAUGGAGAACAAGUGCCCUGUUAUUCUGUCAUGGUGAGUUUACAAGAAGCUGGUGGAGCUGAAACUAAGAACUGGACUGUUCCUAGGAAGCUCAGUGAGUUUCAGAGUCUACACCGGAAACUCAGUGAGUGUUUUCCGUCAUUAAAGAAAGUUCAGUUGCCUUCACUCAGCAAGCUGCCCUUCAAAUCUGUAGAUCAGAAAUUCAUGGAGAAGUCCAAGAACCAGCUUAAUAAUUUUCUGCAGAAAUUGCUCUCUGAUGAGAGACUCUGUCAGAGUGAAGCACUUUAUGCCUUCUUGAGCCCUUCCCCAGAGCACCUCAAAGUUAUCGAUGUGCAAGGAAAGAAGUCAUCUUUUUCACUCUCAUCGUUUCUGGAACGACUUCCUGGUGAUUUGUUUUCUCAUCAAGAGGAAGAAACAGAAGAGGACAGUGACCUGUCGGACUAUGGAGAUGAGGUGGAUGGGAAAAGGGAAUCUCUUGCAGAGCCGUGCUUCAUGCUGAUCGGAGAAAUUUUUGAGCUGCGAGGAAUGUUUAAGUGGGUCAGAAAAACAUUGAUUGCACUAGUACAAGUCACUUUUGGGAGAACUAUCAACAAGCAAAUCCGUGACACCGUACACUGGAUGUUUAGUGAACCAAUGCUCGUUUACUACAUUGGUGUGUUUCGAGAUGCUUUUUGGCCAAAUGGAAAGUUAGCACCACCAUCAACAGCCAAAACUGAAGAGCAAAGUCAGGAAACAAAACAGAGAGCACAGCAAAAACUACUUGAAAACAUUCCAGAUACACUGCAGAGUCUUGUUGGACAACAAAAUGCUCGUCAUGGUGUAGUCAAAGUAUUCAAUGCACUGCAAGAAAGAAAGGCUAACAAGCAUCUACUCUAUGUCUUGCUGGAAUUGCUGCUAACUGAACUGUGUCCUGAGCUAAGAGCUCAUUUAGAGCAGCUUAAUGCCACUUAGGUUUCAAUCUACACAUGUGGACCACUAGAGAAAUGUCUAUGUGCAAUAAUAGACAUGAAACUUAUUUUCCUCUUUUCCAUAGAGGGCUGAGGACUAUGAUUCUUUUUAGGGUUUUUUUCCUCUUACUUUUUUUGUGAAGUAAACAGACUUGAAAAGAUCUGAUGCUGUAGUAGGAUAGAUAAAACAACGCUGUAUAGUUGCCAAUUUUUAUUUAAAUUGUUCUAUUUGACUACUCUUCUGUUUCAAAUAUAGAUUGAAAAAUAAAUGUUCAUAUAAACUGAAAGAAACCAGAAACUAUUUUAAGCAUUUAUGAAAAGUUUUGCUUAUAGUGGUAAAUUAAUGAAUGUUGUACAGUUCUAAUCUCCUCACUGAGGAUUUGAGCAUUCCUUUAUUCCUGUGUAUUGAAAAAGCCUUGUUGUGCAAUACUACAUGUAAAGCUAUUGUGAAAAUUUUAUCAAUUUUGUUUUUACCAAAGAUUUCCCAUAUGUUGAAGCAUUUGUAAGCAAUAAAUAACAAAAUUGGA